CGCGUGCCGCCGCCGCUCGCUUUUGGCACCGCAAUGUCUCAGCCCCUCCUGGACGAACUAACCGGCGCCUUCCCCGGGUGGGAACGACCACAAAACACGUAGAUCAAACUGAGCAGUAAGUGCAAUAAAAUCAUGAAUCUUCUACAACGGGGGAUCCAGCACCGCAGGCAUUUGACUGAGGAGAAUAGCUGACCUUCUGUUCGGAUCAGCCUCACCUGUUGUAGUGCUAGAGCUGCGCGUUGGACAGGCAGAGGCGACACGAAGGAUACGAUGUUCAGCCUGAAUGGUCCCAGAAGCGAAGGAUAUGUCCAAGAGCUGUUCCACGAGGAAGCACAGCAGGUAUCUCAAACACAGACCAAGCCCUGGUGGAAGAUCCAGCUGUUUGUGUGGGAGCCGGUGCUUUUUGGAACGUGGGAUGGCGUCUUCACCUCCUGCAUGAUCAACAUUUUUGGAGUGGUUCUUUUCCUGAGGACGGGAUGGCUUGUGGGAAACACUGGCAUUGUAAUGGGCAUGUUUCUGGUGUCCUUUGUCAUCCUGGUUGCCCUGGUGACAGUCUUAUCUGGAAUUGGGGUGUGUGAGAAGUGCAGCAUCGGAAGUGGAGGAGUCUACUCCAUGAUUUCUACUGUCCUUGGAGGUCAAGUAGGGGGGACCGUUGGCCUCCUUUAUAUUUUUGGCCAGUGCGUUGCAGGUGCCAUGUACAUCACUGGCUUUGCGGAGUCCAUCGCAGAUGUCCUGAGCCUCAGCAACAUCUGGGCAGUGCGUGGGAUCUCCCUGGCUGUCCUGCUGGGCCUGCUGGGGAUCAACCUGGCGGGGGUGAAGUGGAUCAUCAGGCUCCAGCUCCUGCUGCUCUUCCUACUGGCCGUCUCGACGUUGGACUUUGUCAUCGGGUCCUUCACGCACCUUGAUCCAGAGCACGGCUUCGUCGGCUACUCCGAAGAGCUUAUGUUCAACAACACACUGCCGGACUACAGCCAGGGGGAGUCCUUCUUCACUGUUUUUGGAGUGUUUUUCCCAGCUGCCACAGGUGUGAUGGCUGGGUUCAAUAUGAGCGGAGAUCUCCAGAAGCCUGCUACCAACAUCCCCCUGGGGUCUCUGGCUGCUAUUGGCACCUCGUGGUUUCUGUACAUGGUCUUUGUUUUUUUGCUGGGAGCCAUUUGUACCCGUCAGUCACUCCGCUAUGACUUCAUGAUAGCAGAGAAGGUAUCCUUGGUGGGUUUCUUGUUUUUGCUAGGGCUGUACAUCUCGUCCCUGGCCUCCUGCAUGGGAGGGCUGUACGGAGCACCCAGGAUCCUGCAGUGCAUCGCCCAGGAGAACGUGAUCCCCAUGCUCGCCUUCCUUGGACGUGGGAAAGGACCCAACAAGACUCCAGUGGCUGCGAUUUGCUUAACAAGUCUCAUCACCAUGGCGUUCAUCUUCAUUGGGCAAGUGAACGUUCUUGCUCCCAUAGUCACCAUCAACUUCAUGUUGACAUAUAUUGCUGUAGACUAUUCCUAUUUCUCGGUCUCCUUGAGCUACAACGUUCAGCAGAAACCUGGCAAGACCCAGAUGGAAAACACUAGACCUGCUCACUCUUCCCAGCCUUUAAUUUUCAACAAGCCCUCCAGCCGUGCAGCAGAUGGAGUAAUUCAAAGCAGAUCAAAUGGCACCUUGCUGGAAUUCACAAAAGACAUGGACCAGCUUUUUAAACCAUUUCGUAGUGAGCAAGGUACUUGCAAAAAAGGAGCCGAGAAUUUAACCCAGAAGGUCAAACAAAAGAAGGCAAAGAAGCCAGCCAAGCAGACGUUACAAGACAGCUUUCUCCUGGAUCUCCAUCACGAUGCUCCCCUGGCUCAGUACAGCUGGGAUGAGACCGCGGAGCCCCACAGCGAGAGCCGGCAGGACCUGGCUGAGCAGGGCUGUCGGCGUGACGUGGGUCCAUGCUCGUCACCCGCUGUGGAUGCCCAGCAGACACCCGGGCUGCUGGAGCAGGGGGGGCAGCUCUGCAGCGAGGUGCCGGCACUCCCCGGCCAGAGGGGAGAAGAUUCAUCUAUAAAGCAACAAAAUCCAGAGCUGGGAAUUCAGCAAAUACCAGAAUCCUUCUACUCCAAAUUCUGCAACCACUGGGUUUCCUUUGCUGGUGCGAUCGUGUCCCUCGUCAUAAUGUUUGUCAUUCAGUGGAUCUACACUCUUGUCAGCCUGGGUGCAGCCGUUAUUCUGUAUUUCUACAUCAGCCAAGUGAGCCCAGGACUCCCCCUUGGAGCAGCAGCGAAUUUCAGUUUCUUUGGCUGGAUUAAGUCGGUUUUGAUCACCUCGUGCAGGAGAAGGCCAUCUCCCAAGGAGCAGAUCGUGGUGACACCGUCCUUUGCAACAGUUGGCAUGGAGACCACGCAGCUCACGGAGGAGAACGCAGACUUUGCCUCGCGGGACCGCUAUCACCAGUCCUCGCUUAUCAGCAGAGAGGAGUUUGGGAAUCAAUUCCAGUAAAGGACACACAAAAAAAAUCAAGCCAUCGCUUCAAAAAGCAUUUAGAAAUGCUGAUGGCUGCCACAGUGCCUUGUGAAAUACUUGAAUAUAUGCGAAAAGGAUGUGAAUAGUUAUUUAUAUAUUCGAGGCUUGUUUGUUUAUGCAAACUACAACAUUGCUGGGUUUCAAGUCUUACCCAAAAUGGGGGAAAAAAACGCAAAUGAAAGGGCCAGUCCAGGGAAGUAAUGAGUUAGUGAGGACAAUAUAAUCUUUUCAGAGAAUUCAAUUACAAGCGUUAUUGAGCUCUAAAGACCGUUGGCGCUAUAAAAGC